CCUCGAGCCAUUAUUCCCACAGACACAUCUGGAGGAGACAGUAAACAUGCUAAUAGUCACAACAGUUGCCCCUGUGGCCGUAAUCCUGGUUAGUAAGUCACCCUCUAAUCCUUUCGACCGGAAUCUCAUCCACGUCAUCCAGUUCGUGCUGUAUACGACCGCAAGAAUGGCUUACAAUGCCAUUUGGCAUCCACUAAAAAGGAUACCGGGUUCCCUCUUCCACCGCAUCACUCCAAUGCCCUGGCUCAUCAGCUGGAUCAGUGGAAUGAGCCACCGUGCCCUCCUCCAGCUCCACGAGCAGUACAGCCCCGUGGUGCGGACCGCGCCCAACCAAGUCUCUUUCAUCAGCGACACGGCCCAGCAACAGAUCUACGGCGCGGAGACCAUCAAGCGCGACCCUCAACGCUUCGCGCGGUUCAUCGAAGGCGAACAAGACAUCGCCAACUAUGAUCAUGAGUCGGACCACCGACGCUUCCGCAAAGCGAUAUACCCGGCAGUCACUGGCUCCGCAUUAUUGACGCAUGAAGGGGUCAUUCGCCGCAACGCGUCGGUCUUUCGGGAACGACUCGACGCGGCCGUGGUGGGAGGCGGUGGUGAGGGUCGAGUGGAUAUGACCAAGCUAUACAGCUGGCUAACGUUCGACCUGGCCGGCGAUUUCAUUUGGAGGGAGCCCUUUGGCUGCUUGCAGAAAAUGGUGACCCACCCGUGGCUCGCGGCGAUGGAGUUCAUGAGCCUCGGGACCUACUUUCGCCUGGUCGGCGUUUCUCCUCUGCUGCAGAAGCUGAUCUGGGCGGUGAUCCCCAAGCGCAUCCGCGACCUACCCCGCCAGGUCAUACAGGCGAAGGGUGAGAGCAGUAGCCGCAAUAGCAGAGAUGCAGGGGAGAGCGUGUUCUGCGUCAUGCGCCAGCGCAAGAUCCUUUCCCCGACGGAGGUGGACGCCAAACUGAUGGUCCUGGCUGUCGCUGGUAGUGUGACUGUUCAUUCUACUGUCUUGGCCGCCACAGCUUUCCUGGCGGUGCAGAGACAGUGCGCGGGUCGCGCGAGGGAGGAGGUGCGGGCGGCGUUUGCGCGAGAGGAGGACAUCGCCCACCCUACAGUCACGAGCCUGCUCUAUCUGAACGCGGUCAUCAUGGAGGCCUUCCGGCUGUGUCCUGCCCAGCCCACUUCAGGGCCGAGAAGGGUACUAGAUGAAUUUGUCACCAUCGACGGUUAGUCUUCCCCAAGGUGUCAGUGAGCCCCCUCCCUUUUUUAAAUUAGACAAUCAUUCGAGCCCCCCAAUGUUCCAUCCCGAACGUUGGCUCGAUAGCUCGGAAUACAGCUUAGAUGAUAAAAGUGCAGUACAUCCGUUCCUGCUGGGUCGGCAGAGCUGCCCGGGCCGGCAGCUGGCCGAGAUGGAGAUGACCCAUGUUCUGGCCAGGAUGCUGUGGGCGUUUGACUGGCAGCUGGAAGAACCGGACUUCGACAUCAGUUCGUGGCGAAGCAGCAUGGUCUGGGAAGUUCCGCCUCUGCCCUUACGACUG